GAAGCGUUCGUUCCCCGCUGCGAAAGUAGGCGACACACUGCAAGAAGGCGGGGUUGAAAGGGUGCAAACAUGGCAGCGGCCUUGGGAGACGAUGAAAUCGAAAACGAUGAUUAUUAUUCUCUGCUUAACGCCAGGAGAGAGGCAACGCAAGAGGAACUGAAGGCGUCAUACAGGCGGCUGUGCAUGCUUUACCACCCCGACAAGCACAGGGACCCAGAGCUGAAGAGACAGGCAGAGCAGCUCUUUAACCUUGUCCACCAGGCCUAUGAAGUUCUCAGCGAUCCACAGUCCAGAGCCAUCUAUGACAUUUAUGGGAAGAAGGGCCUGGAGGUGGAAGGAUGGGAGGUGGUGGAGCGGAAGAGGACGCCGGCGGAGAUCCGGGAGGAGUUUGAGCGACUGCAGCGGGAGAGGGAGGAGAGGCGGCUCCAGCAGAGGACCAACCCCAAGGGGACGAUCAGCGUGGGCGUGGACGCCACCGACCUCUUCGACCGCUAUGAAGAAGACUACGAGGACGCGCCCAGCGGGGGCUUCCCCCAAAUCGAAAUCAACAGGAUGCACAUUUCGCAGUCCAUUGAGGCCCCCCUGACCACUGCAGACACGGCCGUCCUCUCCGGCUCCCUCUCCACGCACAACGGAAACGGAGGAGGCAGCAUUAACCUGACGCUGCGCCGGGUCAUCUCUGCCAAGGGCUGGGGAGAGCUGGAGCUGGGUGCGGGGGACACACACGGACCCCUCCUUGGGAUGAAGCUGUUCCGUAACCUGACACCACGCUGCUUCGUGACGGCGCAGUGCGGCCUGCAGUUCUCGUCGCGCGGCGUGCGGCCCGGCGUAACCACGGUGCUGGCUCGCCACCUGGACAAGAACACCAUGGGCUACCUGCAGUGGCGCUGGGGCGUGCAGUCCGCCAUGAACACCAGCGUCGUCAGGGACACCAAGACCAGCCACUUCACCCUCGCCCUGCAGCUGGGGAUACCGCACUCUUUCGUGAUGAUGAGCUACCAGUACAAGUUUCAGGACGAGGACCAGACCAAGAUUAAGGGCUCUGUCAAGUCGGGCUUUUUCGGCACGGUGGUGGAGUACGGCGCGGAGAGGAAGAUCAGCCAGCACAGCGUGCUCGGGGCCACGGUCAGCAUCGGGGUCCCGCAAGGGGUCUCCCUUAAAAUCAAGCUGAACCGGGCCAGCCAGACCUACUUCUUCCCCAUCCACCUGACGGACCAGCUCCUGCCCAGCGCCGUGUUCUACGCCACCGUGGGCCCGCUGGUCUUCUACCUGGCCAUGCAGCGGCUCGUCGUGAUCCCCUACGUGCGCGCCCAGAAGGAGCAGGAGCUGGAGAAGCAGCAGGAGAACGCGGCCUCGGAAAUCGCCCGCAGGAAGCAGGAGGCGGAGACGGCGGUUCUGCUGAUGCAGGAGUCCGUGCGGAGGAUCAUCGAGGCAGAGGAAUCUAAAAUGGGUCUGAUCAUCCUCAACGCCUGGUACGGCAAGUUUGUGACUGACAACAGCAGGCGGCACGAAAGGGCAAAGGUCAUCGACGUGACGGUGCCCCUGCAGUGCCUGGUGAAGGACUCCAAGCUCAUUCUCACGGAAACCUCGAAGGCGGGGCUGCCGGGGUUCUACGACCCCUGCGUGGGCGAGGAGAAGGGCCUGAAGCUGCUGUACCAGUUCCGGGGCGUGAUGCACCAGGUCCUCUCCGGGGACACGGAACCGCUCAGGAUACCCAAACAAUCACACAGAAUCGACGCGGACACCUAGGAGCUGCUGUCCAGCGGACGGACGGACGGACGACAGACGGACAGACUGACCAACCGAGAGACGCUGAAGCAGAGACGGCGGGGAUGGGCUGACCUCACGGAUGAGACACACCCGGAUCACAGACCCUCCCAGUCCCACCCCUCCGUCCUCUUAUCCUGCAUAUACGUACACGACCUAUUAACAGUCCUGCCGUGUUUCGAACAGUGUUGGUGACCGCAGCCAUGUCAUGAACUUACAAGUGUCCGGAGGUGUCGUGUGUGUGUGUGUGCGUGCAUGUAUACGUGUGUGUGACAGUGCACGCUGGUGUUACACGCCCGUGUGAGAGAGGGCGUGAUUACACAAGCGUGCGCUGUGGUUCCGUUAGCUGUUUUUUUGUUGUAAACUCUUCAUUAUUUACACCGCUGUUGAGAACCUCUCAGCCGGUACGGCAGCCUGUCUUUAGAGAAGCCGGUGCUGCACAAGCCCAGCUUUACCUCCUGGUGCAGACCAGUGCAUGACCCACAGUCCUGCAAGAUGCUGUGUGUGCCACAAGAUACCGCAUACACAGCAACCCAAGGACACAACAGACUCUGGAAGGUGUGAGGUCACAGAUGUGAUUAGAAUGUUCUUGACUGAACAUUCUAAUGCUGAUGUCACAAUCACUGCUGCUGA